ACCAUGUACGCCUUAGUGAACGCCUUCAUGCGCUGCCUCUCCUUCCUCCUGCCCCCCUCUCGGCUUUGUGUCAGCUUUUGCUUGUGGGUUGGGAAUGAGUGCGAAGACACGCUGCUGCUGCGGCCGCGGCCCAAUCCCAGAGCUCGUUUCAAAAGCAGAAAGCCUCUUACAUAUGAGGAAGUAGCAGCAGUAGCAGCAGAAGCAGUGGGGGAAGCACAAGGAGGCACCAACCCGUCGGUCUCACCAGCUCCAGGCUGCGUCUUGCCGGCUGCUACAAGCCCCGCUGCUCCUCAGGGCCCUGCACCGGGUCGGAUCUGGAUCGGGGGUCUCUGGCGAGCCGUGGAGCGUGUCCUCGGAGCCCCCUGGGUCCUCGUUCGCCAUCGCUGGUGCCCGAAGCAGUGUCGAGCGGCUUUACGCGCCCCGUAUCCCGCCUGCGCCUUCGAGGCGAGCGAUAUUAAAGGCUUUCAGGGAGGCGCUGCUACUGCUGCUGCUGCUGCUGAUAGACCCGAGGAAGAGAGGGCAGCGGGUGGAAGCACCUUGACUUAUCCGAAGACCAUGAGUGGGUCUGUGGGCAUCCCCAGUCCGAACCCAGCGGCGUGCGCCUCGGAUGAGUCAGCGGAGCAGCUGGGCAUGGAUGAGGUAAUCACCGUGGAUCAGCACUCGCAGGAGCUGGGGACGGUGACGAUAACAGUGGCCAUUCAAGCCGCGGAGGACGAAGAACCCGAGGAAGUGUCGUCUAGCUUCAUCGACUUCCUCGGAGGGAGCUGCAGCGAGGACGAAAUCGGAAGAUAUGACAAAUCAAGCGGGGCAGGGACCAGUGGAGGCGAGCUGGAGGAGGAGAGCUGGCAGCCUCCAGACCCAGAGCUCAUCCAGAAGCUGGUCGCUCAGAUCGAGUACUACCUAUCUGAUGAGAACCUGGAGCACGAUGCCUUCCUGCUCAAACACGUCCGGCGUAACAAACUCGGGUUUGUUAGUGUCAAGUUGCUCACCUCGUUCAAAAAGGUGAAACACUUGACCCGUGACUGGAGAACGACCGCUUAUGCUCUGAGACACUCCAAGAGCCUCGAGCUGAACGAUGAAGGGCGCAAGGUGAGGCGGAAAUCUGCAGUACCGGUCUUUGCCAGCGAGUCGUUGCCUAGUCGCAUGCUGCUGCUGAGUGAUUUGCAGAGGUGGCCAGAGCUGGCUGCUCUCACCAACGAUAAUGGAGAGAGCGAGGAAAGAGCAACUCAGCAGGAGCAGCUGAUGAAGCUGUUGCUAAAAGCUUUUGGAACAUACGGUACCAUUGCCUCCGUCAGAGUCCUGAAGCCCGGGAAGGACCUGCCGGCCGAUCUGAAGAGGCUGAGUGGUCGUUACUCUCAGCUUGGCACCGAGGAAUGUGCCAUUGUGGAGUUCGAGGAGGUGGAGGCUGCUGUUAAAGCCAAUGAAGCUGUGGGCAGCGACGAAUGUGGGGCCAGUUUGCGAGGGUUGAAAGUGGUCCUUAUUGGCACCAAGCCGCCCAAGAAGAAGGUGCCCAAAGAGCGACCACGCGAGGAGGGAGGGAUGCGCAAGAGUCGCUCGCUCAACAGCAGAAUACGAGAGCUUCAGUACCACGGGGAUGACUCUGCCUGCAGCUCUUCAGAGACUGAGAGCACCCCCACAUCCCCGAGGCUGGCCAGAAAGUCCCAGUCCUGCAACAAGCUCAGCCCCACCACGGCUGGUGUCGGCUUCCAGAACAAUCACCUCAGUCCUGGUAUGUCCCCGCGCAACAGUCCGUGGUCGAGCCCCCGUGGCAGCCCCUGUCCUCAGCGCAAAUCCCCUCAUUCCCAUAAGUCUCCCUUGGUCAGUGAGGGGAGACUGAGCCCUGAGCCUGGGCGUCGCUGGGCAGACUACUCCUCAGACAGUAGCCUCACCCCUUCAGGGAGCCCAUGGGUGCAGCGGCGCAAGCAGGUGGCGUCUCAGGAGAGCAGUCCGGUCGGCAGCCCGAUGCUGGGCAGAAAGAUCCAGAAUGCUGACGGCCUGCCACCAGGCGUUAUGAGGCUGCCCCGGGGUCCUGACGGAACCCGUGGCUUUCACUGUGUCUCUGUUGCUGAGAGGGGAAAGACUGCAGCUACUCAGACUUGAUAGUGGGGGGUGUCCUUUUGCAUUC